UCCAAAAUGAUCAAGAAAAAAUAUAUUUAUAAUAGAAAAUGUCGAGAUAUGAAUAGUGAAGAAAUUAAAAAGAAAUUAGAACAGAAUAUUACAUAUACUAUUCGGUUUAAAUCGCCAUUAAAAAGGAAAAUAAUAUUAAAGGAUAUUUUAAAAGGUGAUAUCAUAGAUGAAGUACUUGAAGAUUUUAUUAUAUUAAGAAGCAACGAAUUACCUACAUAUAAUUUUUCAGUUUCAGUUGAUGAUUAUUUAAUGAGAAUAACACAUGUUAUAAGAGGUGUGGAACAUAUUUCAAAUACGUUCAAGCAAAUUUUAAUAUUGGAAACGUUGAAUGCUGAUAUCCCACAUUAUGCUCAUAUACCUGUUAUAACGACUGAAGAAAAAAAAAAAAUAAGCAAAAGAAAUAACGAAUAUUUAAUCAGAAAUUUAAGGGAGGAAGGUUUUAAGCCAGAAUGCGUAGUUAAUUAUAUGACUACAUUGGGAUGGGGCAGUAUCUCUAAGAAGGAAUUUUAUACGAUGAAUGAACUCAUUGAUACGUUUAAUAUACAUAAGCUAAACAAGUCAUCCGUUGUUUUUGAUAUUAAAAAAUUAAAAUGGAUGAACAAGAAAUAUAUGUUAGAACAAGAUAAUGAUACAUACGUACAAGAAGCUGAACAAUAUAUGAUAAAUAAUAACAUAUUGUCAUCAAAUAAGUAUAAAGAAUUUGUGGAAUUGUGUGUAGAUAUAUUUAAAUACGAAGUACAUAAUUAUUAUGAAUUGAAAGAAUGUAUUUUAAAUGCUCUUAAAUAUGAACAUCAAGGAAAUGAUUAUUUAAAUAAUGAUGAUAUAUAUUUAAAACAGGUUGCUUUUCUAUUAUAUGAUUGGUAUCUGAAAAAUGAAGUUAAAGAUAAUAAUGAAUAUAUAGAAAUGAAAAUGAUAAACGAUUUUGAUACAUUAAUAGAUGAUAUUGUUAAAAGUACCAACUUAAAAAAAAAUCAAGUUCUAUUAAAAAUUCGUUUACUUCUAACAUUUCAAAGGAAGGGAAUACCAUUUAUAUAUUUAAUAAAACUUUGGGCAUCCGCUAGAAAACAUAAUAUACCCAAUUAUUUUUCAUUGGAAAAAAGAUUUUUACAUUUGAAAAAUGUAUUUAAUUUUUGA